GAUCGAUAGCAAUGGGAAAGGAACUGCCUCUGCCUUGCCUCUAUAAAUACGCCGCCCGUCGCAGAACCGAAACCGCAGCCGUGACGGAUCCAGCCGAACCCCCUCGCAGUCGCAGCCCCCUCACGCCACGCGACAUGGGCAAGAUCAGGAUGCCCGUGCCGUCCCUGUUCCGCCGCCGCUCCUCCAAGCCGCCGCCGCCGCAGCCGCAGCAGCAGGCGCCUGCCGCGGGCGACGGCGACGGCAGCGGGUCCCCGGAGCGGGCGACGGCGGAGGAGGAGAUGGCGCGCGUGUUCCGCAAGUUCGACGCGAACGGCGACGGGCGGAUCUCGCGGUCGGAGCUGGCGGCGCUGUUCGAGAGCCUGGGCCACGGCGCGUCGGACGACGAGGUGGCGCGCAUGAUGGCCGAGGCGGACGCGGACGGCGACGGCUUCAUCAGCCUGCCCGAGUUCGCGGCCCUCAACGCCACGGUGGCCGGCGACGCGGCCGCCGUCGAGGAGGACCUGCGCCACGCCUUCCGCGUCUUCGACGCCGACGGCAGCGGCGCCAUCUCCGCCGCCGAGCUCGCGCGCGUCCUCCGCAGCCUCGGCGAGCCCGCCUCCGUCGCGCAGUGCCGCCGCAUGAUCGAGGGCGUCGACCAGAACGGCGACGGCCUCAUCUCCUUCGACGAGUUCAAGGUCAUGAUGGCCAGGGGAGGAGCAUGCUUCGCAAAGAUCGCCUAGGAAUAUUCUUGCGAAGGUGGGGAGGAGCUUGAGGAAUUGUCCUGAUUGCGUACCUAUCAAUCAUUGGCAUCAUCAGGGCGCGAUGGGAGCUCGAAUCUCUUCAUUAGUUUAUAUCUACUGGUUGGAAUUGGAAGCAGAACAUGCGGAGGCCUUGGGUUGCAUCUGUCUGCUCCAGUAUACUAGUAGAAGAUACGUACGUACACCUGUCAUAGGAAAUCCUGUCACAGGUUGCGUAGUAUUACUACUAAAUAGUUGUAUGUUUUGGUAGGGAUACUUAAUUCUAGUCCUUAGAGAACUGUUUAGCGCGGC